GCCUACAGCUGGUGGCUUCAGACUCGCCAUAAGGACUUGAAGGGCUGUGAAAGUGACGAAGGCUUGAUGUAGGGGUUGGUGGUUUUAAGAAGGCUCGAGAAGUGUUUUUAAAGGGUGGCACACCAAAGAUUCACAGAAUACGCAGCCAAAAUGCUCUGUCACGUUACUCGGCCGGAUUCGGUGGUGAUGGAAGUGGAAGUUGAUGCGAAGGCGCACGGUGAAGACUGUCUGAAUAAGGUUUGCAGAAAGUUGGGCAUAAUUGAAGCGGACUACUUUGGACUGCAGUUCACGGGCAGCAAAGGAGAGAACCUCUGGCUGAAUCUGAGGAACCGCAUAUGCCAGCAGAUGGAUAACGUGACGCCCUGUCGACUGAGGCUGCGGGUCAAGUUCUUCGUGGAGCCCCAUCUCAUUCUGCAGGAACAGACGAGACACAUCUUCUUCAUGCACGUGAAGGAGGACCUCCACAACGGUCACCUACGUAUGGGCUCCGAACAAGCGGAGGAGCUGAGCGCCCUCCUGGCACAGGCCGAGUUUGGCGACUACAACCAAAACACAGCCAAGUACUGGUACUCUGAGCUGUUCGGAGAGGAGCCCGACACUGCAACCGUCAACAGCAUUGUGUCCAGACACAAGGCUCUGGAGGGUUUGAGCCAGGGCUCCGUGGAGUAUCAGGCCCUGCAGCUGAUCUCUUCUCUGGAGCAUUAUGGCGUGGAGUGGCACUGGGCCCGCGAUGCAAAUGGUCAACGUCUGGCCGUAGGGGUCGGCCCGGAGGGCAUCGCCGUUUGCAAGGAGGACUUCAGCUUGGUCAACAGGAUAAGCUAUCCAAUCAUCCAGAUUGCCACCCAGUCGGGGAAGAGCGUGUACUUGACGGUUAACAAGGACAUGAGUGACAACGUCGUGCUUUUGUUCAAGCUGAUCAGUAACCGGGCAGCCAGCGGUCUGUACCGAGCCAUUACAGAGACCCACGCCUUCUACAGGUGCGACACGGUAACAGACGCGGUGAUGAUGCAGUACAGCCGGGACUUUAAGGGCCACCUAGCCUCACUGUUCCUCAACGAAAACAUCAACCUGGGCAAGAAGUACGUCUUCGACAUCCGACGCACCUCCAAGGAGGUCUACGACCACGCCCGGCGCGCGCUCUACAACGCCGGGGUUGCCGACCUGGUGUCCGGCGGCGACGGGCGCUCAUCCCCUUCCCGCUCCCCGAGCCGAGACGACCCGCAGGAGGACGGGCUGGACUGCGGCGGCUGCCAGCAGAACCGAGCCCUGCAGGAGCGGCUGCAGAAGCUCAGGGAGGCCCUGCUGUGCAUGCUGUGCUGCGAGGAGGAGAUCGACGCCGCGUUCUGCCCCUGCGGCCACAUGGUGUGCUGCCAGAGCUGCGCUAAUCAGCUGCAGAUGUGUCCGGUGUGUCGGUCGGAGGUGGAGCACGUGCAGCACGUCUACCUGCCCACCUGCACCAGCCUGCUGAACCUGACGCUGACCGACAACCACCAGCACCGCAGCAGCGUCCCGGCGCCCAUCCACAGAGAGACGGCUUCCCACUGCUCCUCAACGGAGUACGACCACAAGAUCUACCACACAUGAAGCCCUGAAGCUCAACCAGGUUUCAUGAGGAAGGAACGUUUUAUGGUCCGUUCCGGGUUUCCUGCCAGGACUACGUGGAUUACCAAACCUAGAGAAACUCCUGAGUAUAUUUAAAGACUGACACACUCGUACCACUCCCUGUGUGUGUGUGUGUGUGUGUGUGUGUGUGUGUGUGUGUGUGUGUGUGUGUGUGUGUGUGUGUGU